AUGGCGUCGUUUGACCUUGACCUCAGUUUAUUCAAUAGGUGGCGCUUAGUUCAGUUUGUUGUGAUGAUGGAAGAAGACGUUGUGUUUGAGUCCCAACUUGAACUCGAUAAAAGGCGUGUAAAGUUGUACCUAACUUCUACAGAAAUAUUCUGGGAAUGUGAAGAAAAAGAUGGGGUCCAUGAAGAACCUAAAAAGUCACUUCUUAACAAACACAAUCGCAGAAUUCAGAUCUCUGAAAUCAUAACAGUUCAAACAGAGCACACCAGCCAUAAUGAAACGGGAUUCACAGGAAUUGAGCUGAAGAAUACAGAAUCUAACACAUGUGCCAUAUAUACAAUUCGACGUGCCCAUAAGUAUAAAUGGCGAGAGAGGAAGAUAACGUUAGUGAGUAAGGAUUGUGCAUCUUGCCAGCUGUUGAUAGAUGCCAUCAAAGAACAAUUGAAAAAAUAUACUGAAAAUCGACCGAAGAGACUCUUACUAUUUGUUAAUCCAUAUGGAGGGAAAAAACGAGGACCAAAAAUUUAUGCAGAGAAAAUCGAGCCUUUAUUCGAACUGGCGAAAAUACAAGUUGACGUUGUUGUUACCCAGAGAGCAAAUCAUGCCAAAGACAUUGUCUCUGAUUAUGAUCUCGGGAGGAUAGAUGGCAUCAUAUGUGUUGGUGGCGAUGGGAUGUUUUCAGAGAUACUCCAUGGACUUCUGCUGCGAACACUGAAGGAUUCUGGGAUACAUACAUUAGGGCCAUCUAUUCCAUUGAUCCAGCCACAACUUAGAAUUGGCAUCAUUCCAGCAGGUUCCACCAAUACAGUGGUUCACAGUACAACAGGGGCAGAUGAUCCUGUAACAUCCGCCUUGCAUAUAAUUCUAGGGGACAACAUGGCUAUAGAUGUCACCACCUUACACCAUAGCAACCACUUCCUGUGUUUCAAUGUAUCAUUGCUUGGAUAUGGUUUCUAUGGAGAUGUGAUAGUAGAUAGUGAAGAUAAGAGAUGGAUGGGGCCAAAAAGAUAUGAUUGGUCAGGUCUGAAGAAAACUUUAUCCAAUAAUUCUUAUGAGGGAGAGGUGACAUUUCUCCCUGGCCCAAAUAAACAUUUACAUCCUAAAGAUGGCAGCAGAUGUCUUCUUGGAUGUAAAGUGUGUAAUGAAGCAGCCCUUUCUUACGCCAGUGGUGAACCUCAUACCCCUGAUGGCUUUGGAGAUGAUGCAUGGAGAAGGGUGCGUGGUAAAUUCCUAGCUAUAAAUUCGUUUACCAUGAGUUGUCGUUGUGAGAAGAGUCCUGAGGGUGUUGCACCAUGCUGCCACCUGGGGGACGGAUGUCUAGAUCUAGUGCUAGUACACGAGACUUCGAGGAUAGACUACAUUAGACACUUAUGGAGGUGUACAGCUAAGAAAGAUAAUCAGUUUGACAUGGACUUCAUACAAGUCCACAGAGUGCGUCAGUUUAAGUUCCGGCCAUUAAUUGACGAUGAUGAUGUCAUAGAUGAUUGUGCAGAGGCUCAUCCAGAUGGUCAACAAACUUUGAAAUCUCACGUCAAGCAAGGGUCAUGUAAUAGUGUUUGGAACUCUGAUGGGGAACCCAUUGAGCAAGCAGCUAUAGAUGUCAGAGUUCACUGUCAAGCUAUCAAGCUGUUUGCUAGAGGAAUUGAAGAAUAUGAUAGUGAUGAUCAGAUUACUUGUGGAGCAUCAUCAGGAAACAUUGAACAAAAGAGACAUGUGGAGCGUCUUGUUGCAGGAAACAUUGCAGAAGUGACACAUGUGGAUAAUUAUGUGUGUCUUGUAGCAGGAAACAUUGAACAAGUGACACAUAUUAUGGAUCAUUAUGUGUGUCUUGUAGCAGGAGAUGUGUCAUUUUAA